AUGACCGAGGGCGCGCCGCCCGCCGGCGAGGUCCGGCUGGCCCUGGGCGCGGCGGCCCCGGCCGGGCCCGGGGCGCAGCGCGGGGCGGCGGCGGGCGCGUCGCCUCCCGAGAGCCCCGCGGCCGAGCGCGGCGCGGAGCCCGGCGCCGACGAGGAGCGGCCGGCCCCGUACCCGGCGCUGGCGGCCACCGUCUUCUUCUGCCUGGGGCAGACCACGCGGCCCCGCAGCUGGUGCCUGCGCCUGGUGUGCAACCCGUGGUUCGAGCACGUCAGCAUGCUGGUGAUCAUGCUCAACUGUGUGACCCUCGGCAUGUUCCGGCCCUGUGAGGACGUGGAAUGCCGCUCGGAGCGCUGUCACAUCCUGGAGGCCUUCGAUGACUUCAUCUUUGCCUUCUUCGCGGUGGAAAUGGUCAUCAAGAUGGUGGCCCUGGGGCUGUUUGGGCAGAAGUGCUACCUGGGUGACGCUUGGAACAGGCUGGACUUCUUCAUUGUCAUGGCGGGCAUGAUGGAGUACUCGCUGGACGGACACAACGUGAGCCUCUCGGCCAUCCGCACGGUGCGCGUGCUGCGGCCCCUGCGUGCCAUCAACCGUGUGCCCAGCAUGCGGAUCCUGGUCACCCUGCUGCUGGACACACUGCCCAUGCUGGGCAACGUUCUGCUGCUCUGCUUCUUCGUCUUCUUCAUCUUUGGCAUCGUGGGCGUGCAGCUCUGGGCCGGCCUCCUGCGCAACCGCUGCUUCCUGGACAGCGCCUUUGUCAGGAACAACAACCUGACGUUCCUGCGGCCGUAUUACCAGACGGAGGAGGGGGAGGAGAACCCGUUCAUCUGCUCCUCACGCCGGGACAACGGGAUGCAGAAGUGCUCGCACAUCCCUGGCCGCCGCGAGCUGCGCGUGCAGUGCACGCUGGGCUGGGAGGCGUACGGGCAGCCGCAGGCCGAGGCCGGGGCCGCCGCCCGCAACGCCUGCAUCAACUGGAACCAGUACUACAACGUGUGCCGCUCGGGGGACGUCAACCCCCACAACGGCGCCAUCAACUUCGACAACAUCGGCUACGCCUGGAUCGCCAUAUUCCAGGUGAUCACGCUGGAGGGCUGGGUGGACAUCAUGUACUACGUCAUGGACGCCCACUCCUUCUACAACUUCAUCUACUUCAUCCUGCUCAUCAUCGUGGGCUCCUUCUUCAUGAUCAACCUGUGCCUGGUGGUAAUCGCCACGCAGUUCUCGGAGACGAAGCAGCGGGAGAACCAGCUGAUGCGGGAGCAGCGCGCCCGCUACCUGUCCAACGACAGCACGCUGGCCAGCUUCUCGGAGCCGGGCAGCUGCUACGAGGAGCUGCUCAAGUACGUGGGCCACGUCUUCCGCAAGGUGAAGCGCCGCAGCUUGCGCCUCUACGCGCGCUGGCGGAGCCGCGGCCACGAGAAGCCGGACCCCGGCAGCGGCCCGGGCCCCGGCCCGCGGCCCCCGCGCGCCCGCAGGCGCACCGCCUCGGUCCACCACCUGGUCUACCACCACCACCACCACCACCACCACCACUACCACUUCAGCCACGGCGACCCACGCCGGCCCAGCCCGGAGCCCGGCACCGGAGACAACAGGCUGGUCCCGGCGGGUGCACCGCCCUCCCCCCCGUCCCCCGGCCACGGGCCGCCCGACUCUGAGUCCGUGCACAGCAUCUACCACGCCGACUGCCACGUGGAGGGGCCCCAGGAGAGGGCACGGGCGGCACAAGCCGCAGCCACGGCGGCCGCCGGCCUCAGGCUGGCCUCAGGACUGGGCGCCAUGAACUACCCCACCAUCCUGCCAUCAGGGACCAUCGGCGGUGGCGGCAAAGACAGCAUGGGCGCCGGCCCCAGGGGGGAGCAGGCUGCGGGACGCAGCCCCCUGAGCCCCUACGAGAAGAUCCAGCACGUGGUCGGGGAACACGGCCUGGGCCAGGCCCCCAGCCACCUGUCCGGCCUGAGCGUGCCCUGCCCCCUGCCCAGCCCCCAGGCGGGCACGCUGACCUGCCAGCUGAAGAGCUGCCCCUACUGUGCCCGUGCCCUGGAGGACCCGGAGCUGGAGCUGAGCGGCUCGGAGAGCGGGGACUCCGACACCCACGGUGUCUACGAGUUCACCCGGGACCUGAGGCACGGCGACCACCGGGACCCCAUGCGGCCCCCGGCAGACACAGCCGCCCCAGGCAGCCCCCCACGGCUGCCUCAGCGGCAGGCAAGCUCGGGCCGGCCCGGGAGCCUGGGCCGCGCGUGGGCCUCCUUCAGCGGCAAGCUGGGCCGCAUCGUGGACAGCAAGUACUUCAACCGCGGCAUCAUGGUGGCCAUCCUCAUUAACACGCUGAGCAUGGGCGUCGAGUACCACGAGCAGCCUGAUGAGCUCACCAAUGCCCUGGAGAUCAGCAACAUCGUCUUCACCAGCAUGUUUGCCCUGGAGAUGCUGCUGAAGCUGCUGGCGUGCGGCCCGCUGGGUUACAUCCGGAACCCCUACAACAUCUUCGACGGCAUCAUCGUGGUCAUCAGCGUGUGGGAGAUCGUGGGGCAGGCGGACGGCGGGCUGUCGGUGCUGCGCACUUUCCGGCUCCUGCGGGUGCUGAAGCUGGUGCGCUUCCUGCCUGCGCUGCGGCGCCAGCUUGUGGUGCUCAUGAAGACCAUGGACAACGUGGCCACCUUCUGCAUGCUGCUCAUGCUCUUCAUCUUCAUCUUCAGCAUCCUGGGCAUGCACCUCUUUGGCUGCAAAUUCAGCCUGAAGACAGACACGGGAGACACCGUCCCCGACAGGAAGAACUUUGACUCUUUGCUGUGGGCCAUCGUCACUGUGUUCCAGAUCCUGACGCAGGAGGAUUGGAACGUGGUGCUCUACAACGGCAUGGCCUCCACCUCGUCCUGGGCCGCCCUCUACUUCGUGGCGCUCAUGACCUUCGGCAACUAUGUGCUCUUCAACCUGCUGGUGGCCAUCCUGGUGGAGGGGUUCCAGGCAGAGGGGGACGCCACCAGAUCCGACACCGAUGAAGACAAGACAUCUGCUCACUUUGAGGAAGACUUGGACAAGUUCAGAGACCUGCGGGCCACAGAGAUGAAGACAUACUCGCUGGCAGUGACCCCCAAUGGGCACCUGGAAGGCCGGGGCAGCCUGCCCCCACCCCUCAUCAUGCACACGGCCGCCACGCCCAUGCCCACUCCUAAGAGCUCCCCACACCUGGACGCGGCCCACGGCCUUGUGGACUCACGGCGUGGCAGCAGCAGCUCCAUGGACCCUCAGCUCGGGGACCAGAAGUCUCUGGCCAGCCACCGCAGCUCCCCCUGCACCCCCUGGGGCCCCGGCAGCGCCUGGAGCAGCCGGCGCUCGAGCUGGAACAGCCUGGGCCGUGCGCCCAGCCUCAAGCGCCGCAGCCAGAGCGGGGAGCGCGAGUCCCUGCUGUCGGGAGAGGGCAAAGGCAGCACCGACGACGAGGCGGAGGGCGGCAGGCCGGGGCCCGGCCGCCCAGGCUCCCCGCGCGGCUCCCCGCCGCGCCGGGCCGCCUCCCUGGACCGCCGCAGCACGCCGGACCUGAGGCCCCCCCGGCCAGCCGCCCUCCUGCCCGCCAGAUUCCAGGACUGCAACGGGCAGACGGUGGCCCUUCCCAGCGAGUUCUUCCUGCGCAUCGACAGCCACAAGGAGGACGCCUCGGAGUUCGAUGACGACGUGGAAGACAGCUGCUGCUUCCGCCUGCACAAGGUGCUGGAGCCCUACACCCCCCAGUGGUGCCGUAGCCACGAGACCUGGGCCCUGUACCUCUUCUCCCCACAUAACAGGCUGCGCGUCUCCUGCCAGAAGGUCAUCGCGCACAAGAUGUUUGACCACGUGGUCCUCGUCUUCAUCUUCCUCAACUGCAUCACCAUCGCCCUGGAGAGGCCGGACAUCGACCCCGGCAGCACCGAACGGGCCUUCCUCAGCGUCUCCAACUACAUCUUCACAGCCAUCUUUGUGACAGAAAUGAUGGUGAAGGUGGUGGCCCAGGGCCUGCUGUGGGGUGAUCACGCCUACCUGCAGAGCAGCUGGAAUGUGCUGGACGGGCUGCUGGUUCUGGUGUCCCUGGUAGACAUCGUCGUGGCCAUGGCCUCGGCCGGUGGCGCGAAGAUCCUGGGCAUCCUGCGCGUGCUGCGUCUGCUUCGGACCCUGCGCCCUCUGAGGGUCAUCAGCCGGGCCCCGGGCCUCAAGCUGGUGGUGGAAACGCUGAUCUCGUCGCUCAGGCCCAUCGGCAACAUCGUGCUCAUCUGCUGUGCCUUCUUCAUCAUCUUCGGCAUUCUGGGCGUGCAGCUCUUCAAGGGCAAGUUCUACUACUGCGAGGGUGCGGACACCAGAAACAUCUCCACCAAGGCCGAGUGCCGGGCUGCGCACUACCGCUGGGUGCGGCGCAAGUACAACUUCGACAACCUGGGCCAGGCGCUGAUGUCCCUUUUCGUGCUGUCCUCCAAGGACGGCUGGGUGAACAUCAUGUACGACGGGCUGGACGCCGUUGGCGUCGACCAGCAGCCCGUACAGAACCACAACCCCUGGAUGCUGCUCUACUUCAUCUCCUUCCUGCUCAUCGUCAGCUUCUUCGUGCUCAACAUGUUCGUGGGGGUGGUGGUGGAGAACUUCCACAAGUGCCGGCAGCACCAGGAGGCGGAGGAGGCGCGCCGGAGGGAGGAGAAGCGUCUGCGGCGCCUGGCGCGGCGGCGCAGGAAGGCCCAGCGCCGGCCCUACUACGCCGACUACUGCCACACACGCCGCUCCGUCCACGCGCUGUGCACCAGCCACUACCUGGACCUGUUCAUCACCUUCGUCAUCAGCCUCAACGUCAUCUCCAUGUCCAUGGAGCACUACAACCAGCCCAAGUCCCUGGACGAGGCGCUCAAGUACUGCAACUACGUGUUCACCAUCGUCUUCGUCUUCGAGGCCGCGCUGAAGCUGGUGGCCUUCGGCUUCCGGCGGUUCUUCAAGGACAGGUGGAACCAGCUGGACCUGGCCAUCGUCCUGCUGUCUAUCAUGGGCAUCGUGCUGGAGGAGAUCGAGAUGAACGCCGCGUUGCCCAUCAACCCCACCAUCAUCCGCAUCAUGCGCGUGCUGCGCAUUGCCCGUGUCCUGAAGCUGCUUAAGAUGGCCACGGGCAUGCGGGCCCUGCUGGACACGGUGGUUCAAGCCCUUCCCCAGGUAGGGAACCUUGGCCUUCUUUUUAUGCUCCUGUUUUUUAUCUAUGCUGCGCUGGGAGUGGAGCUGUUCGGGAGGCUGGAGUGCAGCGAGGACAACCCCUGCGAGGGCCUGAGCAGGCACGCCACCUUCACCAACUUCGGCAUGGCCUUCCUCACGCUGUUCCGCGUGUCCACGGGGGACAACUGGAACGGGAUCAUGAAGGACACGCUGCGGGAGUGCUCCCGGGAGGACAGGCACUGUCUCAGCUACCUGCCGGCGCUGUCUCCCGUCUACUUUGUCACCUUCGUGCUGGUGGCGCAGUUCGUGCUGGUCAACGUGGUGGUGGCCGUGCUCAUGAAACACCUGGAGGAGAACAACAAGGAGGCCCGGGAGGCGGCGGAGGCCGACGCGGAGGCCGAGGCCGAGCUGGAGCUGGCCACGGCGCAGGGGCCCCUGCCCGCGCCCCCACCGCCAGCGCAGGUCAGGCCGGGAGCGGCUGCAGGGGGUUCCGAGGGUGCCGUGGGCGACGCGGACAGCCUCCUCCUCCCGCCACAGGACGGCCCAGACUCCGGGCCAGGCGCCUCGGGUCCAGCCGUGCGCAAGGUGUCGGUGUCCAGAAUGCUCUCGCUGCCCAACGACAGCUACAUGUUCCGGCCCGUGGUGCCCGCCACAGCCCCCCACGCGCACCCGCUGCCGGAGGUGGAGGUGGAGGCCGCUUCCGGUCCCAUCCACCCCGUCCUCCCCAGCCAGGAGCGGUGA